AUGGCCAUGCGGUUGGCAACGUUGGCCGUCGUCCUCUUGGCAGUGCUCCUGACACGCGUGGGUGAGGCCAGCCCGAUUGGUUCAUGCGCGGCACCCGCCACGCACAAGGGCACGCAUUGUGUUUGUCCGACCGAUCAGGCCUGCUUUGGCGGCGCCUGCGAGCAAGGGCAAGGCACCGGCAUCGAGCUGGUCCACGGCUACCGCCCCACCUGCGAAGACUGCUACUGCGCGCCCUCGACCAAAGGCGAUGCAGUAGGGGCAAAAGCGGAUGGCAUCAGCACCAAGACGGCAACGGGCCCCAUGGCCAAUUUCUACUUUCUCAAGCUGCACAAAGUUGGGUCGACCACCGUCAGCAUUGUGCUCGAGCGCCUCGGCGAGCACUACAAUCGCAAGCUCUGUCUACGUGGCGACGCCUUUGAAGGCUCACUUCCUUGUCAAGAGGGCCUGACGUUGGUUGGCGCUCAGGUGUGGACCACGCACGACGUGGAAACAUACAUGCUGGCUGGUGGGAUGCCUGCACUCACUUCCAUCAUGGGCGAGGAUGCCGUCUCCAUCAUUGUGCUGCGCGACCCGACUGAGCGACUCUUGAGCCGAUAUUUUUAUGAUAUUGCGCGAGGGGCGAUGGUCACCCAGUCAACAAAACCGACGGCUCACGACUUUCGCGACUAUCUUGCGGAAAAUGAUAUUGAGACGAUUCACUAUCUCAAUGCCCUGGAUUCAACCAAGCACCAAACCUCGGCCGCCAUGCACACGCUGGGCCAAUUUGAUGUGGUGGGCAUCACCGAGGAUUUGGAUCGCUUCCUGGUGGUCCUGGCACACAAGCUCAACGUUCGGCUUGAAGACGUCACCUACAAGAGCGAAAAGGUGGUGGUAGGCCGCCCCAAGUUUGCGGAUCUGGACGCCGAGACACAAGAACUGUUGCUGGCAGCCACCCAGGAUGAUCGUCUCAUCUACGCGCAUGCCAAGACGCUGGCCCUAGCGCAGCAACACGAGGUGCCAGACUUUGAAGCCAAGCUGGCUCGCUUCCGCGCACUCGAGAGCAAGAUUGACCAGGGCUGCACGUUCUCCGACACCCAGAGCCAGGAUCCUGCGCCGGCCGCUGCUGAACCCGCUGCACCCACUGCAGCUGCAGCAGCUCCAGAGGCCAAGACCACCAAGGUGCAACUCAAGGCCGGAGCCAAUGUGCCGGUGAUUGAGACCUUUCCCUCGGCCAGUUCCUAUCACGAGUCUGACACCAGUAAGAGCUAUGUUGUAUGGGGCUACUGGGGCCGCGUCGGUGGACGGGGUCAGAGUAUGGAGUUUGGACGCGGGUCCCUGGAGCUGUGCAAGAAUGAAUUUUGCAAAAAGUUUCGCGACAAGACCCGCAACGAAUGGCACAACGACAUUUUGAACAGCUUUGUCCACCACAAGGGCAAGUAUGAUCUGAUCAAGGUGGAUUACACGGCUGAUGCCGACGGCGCGGAUGGCAACGAAGGCCAAGACAGCGGCAGUGGCGCUGGUGACAAUACGCCGGCCCCCGAGUCAAAGUUGCCGGCGCCCGUCAAGUCCCUGAUGGAGCUGAUUUUCGAUGUGCAGCGUUUGACCGACGCCGUCGUUGAGAUGGAGCUUGAUAUCAAGCGCAUGCCCCUGGGCAAGCUCACUCACGAGCAGAUCCGUGCUGGUUAUCAGACCCUGAAGGAUAUUGAGGCUUUGAUCAAGGCACGACCACAUUCAGACCUGUUACCGUGCCUGUCGUACCCCACGACGCUCAGCCACCAUCUCUCCUCACCCCCUUCUGCCCUCUGUCGAUUGCUUCGCCUCGCGUUGCUCGUGUUCUGCUGCCACCAUGCCAACGCGUCGUCUCGUCAGCUGAUGGAAGCGUCGUCUGAAUUUUACACGCGCAUUCCCCAUUCCUUUGGCAUGCGUCGUCCCCCCGUGAUUGCCACGCUUGGGGACGUUCGCACCAAGCUUCAACUGGUCGAAGCAUUGGACGACAUCAAGGCGGCCAUGAAGAUUAUCGAGGACAAGAAGCAGCAGGGCGAACCAGAGGCGCCCGAGGACCGCCACUACCGCUCGCUCGACUGCGACCUGCGGCCUGUGGCACCCACCUCGGACGAGUACAAGAUGGUCAAAAAGUACCUCAAGAACACGCAUGGUGCCACCCAUCGCCAGUACAAGCUCGAGCUCAUGGAUCUCUUUGCCAUUGACAAGGAUACGGGCUACAAAGGCGGCGACAACAAGCGACUCCUCUGGCACGGCUCCCGUCUUACCAACUGGGGUGGCAUUCUUUCCCAGGGUCUGCGUAUUGCGCCACCCGAGGCACCCGUGACGGGCUACAUGUUUGGCAAAGGCAUUUACUUUGCCGACUCGUCAUCCAAGAGCGCCAAUUACUGCCAUACCAGCCGCAGCAACAACGUGGGCCUGCUCAUGCUCUCCGAGGUGGCGCUGGGCACUUGCGACGAACGGGCCGAUGCCGACAGCUUUCUGCCUCGCACCCUCAAAGCCCGGGCGGGGGGUGGUGAGCACGCGCAACCCCGGUUGCUCGCCAGCAUGGGCCGCACGAACAAGGUCACCCUGACCGUCAAUUAUCCCGGCCCAGAAGGCGUCAUCUGGGUUGGGGACAACGUUGCCGGUGCCAUUCAUUUCCAGAACAAAAAGGCAUGCACCAUCACCGAUGUUCGAGCCAGCCUGCGGUCCAUCGCCCGAGCACACGGAUCCCGCCGGUUAGCGGCCGGCAAGCAUGACUUUCACUUUUCCCUGCCCGUCCAGCUCCAUGACCUUCCCUCCACUACGCUUUGCGCCCGCAAGACCUGUGCCGUGGUCCAUUACGUCGACGUCGAGUUGACCUUUGAGUCCCACUCGCUGUUCGCCUUGACAGCCAGGUCCAAAGUUGUUCGUCGCAGCUUUGUCUUCAACGUGGCCUCGAGCUACUCCGGGCCCUGGCCCAUCCCCAUGCUGGGUGACGCCGUGGCGCCGACCCGCGUGCGCACCGGCACCAUCCGGCACACUGACCUCGGCCACUGGCGCCUCAACAUUGACCGUCCACAAGCUCUUGUCCGCGAUCAGGACAAUGUUUUCAAUGUCGUCCUUGACCUGUCUCGCUGCCCCCCGGACGUGGCCGUCGACCAAGUCACCUGUUUGCACGGUGCUUGCGUCACCCGACUGGAUGGCAACGGUGCGCUCAAGCGCACGGAGCGCAAACACCUCAAAGUCGGCAGCCCGCCCUUGGAAGCUGCCACCGACGUUGUUGUUCAGAAUUGCGUGACCAUCACCUACGAAUACGCCCUCAUGGUGCUUUAUGAGCACCAGGUGCGCGUUGAAUCUCGCAAGCCCAUUCAAUGUCAUGCCUACCGUCGGCCCGGUCUGCAGAUGGACCAGCUGAAUCCCUGGAUGAACAACAUUCAUAGCGCACCUCCUCCCAUGAUCAUGCAGCCCUUCCCCAUGCAUCCCAUGCCUGCCUCGCCCGCCCCCUCGGCUCCGCCCGCCACGGCCUCGGCUCCCAGUGAAGAAGACGAAGAGGCCUUUGCCAGCAGCACGGCCUAUUCCAGCACCCACGCAUCGAGUGCUGCUCCCGUUGAUGCCACGGCCCCUGCCUUGCCUGGCUACGACGACGCCCUGCACGACACGGCCGUGCUGCCCUCGUACACGGCCGCUGCCGCGGCAGCUACUGCCGAAUCCUUGGUCCCCAAAGUCGUGGAGAGCGAAUCUUGA